CUAUGUAUGUUCUUCCUCCUCUUCUCCCCAUUCCUCUUUUUGACCUAAUAAUUAAUUCUCUUGCGAUAUUCUUUUUGUAAACACAAAAUCGUUAUUCCGAGGUCGUCAUGCCUCUCCUCCCAAGAGUCAACUCGGCCGUGGCCAACAGGUCCCAGUCCAAGAAACAAAAGUUCAAGACGUUUAUGCGACAAUGGUUUCUUGUCAACUGGCGCGAUUUACUCGCCAUGGCUGUAGUUGGAGCUGUCGCCUUUGGUAUCUACCAUUCUCCUGUCAUCAUCACACGAACGUUUCCCGUCACCUUCGAUGCGACCUCGGGAGAUAUUGUCUACCCGCAAUGGGCGUACCCUGAUCGCGGUUGGAUUCUUCCCUCAUGGCUGUCCGGUUUGAUAUCCAUUGCUAUACCUAUCAUCACCUACAUCGUCGCCCAAUUCCGGAUCAAAUCGGCCUGGGAUGCGAGCAACGCAAUCAUUGGAACAAAUUGGUCUGUCAUUCUGGCGUCUCUUUUCCAGGUCACCCUCAAACAACUUGUCGGUGGUUUCAGACCUUACUUUCUCGAUGUUUGUAUGCCAGAUAUUUCUCUCGCCAAAACGCACAACAAGACUGGCUUGAAUGGAGUUGGUUUCUACCAAAUCAUGUACACCACCGAAAUCUGCACCCAGCCUGAUAAAUCGAGGAUCCAAAAUGCCAUCACAUCUUUCCCAAGCGGUCACACGACUGCCGCUUUCGCCGGAUUCGGAUUCCUCUUCCUAUGGCUCAACGCCAAACUCAAGGUCUGGGCAGACCACAAGCCCGCCUUCUGGAAACUCUUCCUCACAUUCCUACCUCUCCUCGGAGCAGUCCUAAUCGCUGGUUCACUCACCAUCGACGCUGCACACAACUGGUACGACAUUCUAGGGGGCGGUUUUAUCGGCACGAUCAUGGCAUUCGCAUCAUAUCGCUCUACCUAUGCUAGCGUCUGGGACUGGCGCUUCAACCAUCUCCCGCUUCAAGAGACGGAGGCUUUCCGGUAUGGGUUCGACGGGGAUCUGGACUAUGCUGCCCAGACUUUAUCUAUGGCUGCUGGCUGGGGAGGCAAGAAGGUUAGGUUGCCUGAAAGCGCGAGUGCCCCUGCUAUCAGCUCUGAGUCUACGCUUCGAAGUGGCGCUGAGGAGAUAGAAAACCUAGAUGCGAAUACUAGAAGGAAGCGAAGGGGACCGGUUGGAGAUGAGGCUGUCUGAUGAGGAGGCUUGAGUUUACACAAGAAUAUUUACAGUUGGAGUUGGAGCUUGGCAUAGAUUUGCAUAUUGACUAUAAUGAUAAUGACAAGUUUUGACAAGAACAUGCUUCUUCGACCUCGGCUGAGGAUCCAUCGAUGCAAAACUGCUCUUGAUGAGUUACCAACCAACGUCCGAUCUGGUUGCUCUGUCUGCUCGA